AUGAACGCCCAGAUAGCCACAACUAAAAGGCUAAUCACCCCGUACGGAAACAAAUUAGAGCAGCUGAUAAAGGAAUAUAAGGGAAUGAAGCCGAAAUCACUAUGCGCCAAACUUUCUGAGGAAGCACAGAAAGUAAAUAUUGAAAAUCUACGUCAACUCGAGGAGGUGAUGGGAGCUGUUGACACUCUGGCAGGACAAUUGGAGGCAACAGUAAGAAAGUUCCUCACUCUGAGAGACAGUUCAUCUACGGGUAGUGAGCCUGAUGACAACGAAACUUACUCCAUUCGAGCCGAAGACAGUAUUGCCACACCACAUCAGGGCGAUCAAAUCCUUCGAUGGCAUGAGCCAGCCUCAAGCGACAGCACCACAAUCUUCAUCUGGGACGCAGGCGCAACUUCGCAAGCUCCAAAGCUCAUCAACAAAUUGGGAAAUAGCCACCUACGAAGUCAAUUCCUAAAGGAUCAACGUUCACUUUUCGAACAAAUUCAAGUCAUCAUUCAGGAACUGAGGCAGAAAGGCGAACAAGUUGACAAUCAAUGGGUGAUGAAAAAUAUCUUAUCGAAAUUUUCUGAAGAAUUACUGCGGAAACCAGCGAAGACUGCGGCACCCGAAAGAACAACCCACACCAAAGAAGAGGAUUCCGCAAAACCGAAUAUAGGAGACCACAAACCAGCCGGGUGCGGAAAAUUCGAGAAAAUGCAAGAACGGGCACAAUGCCUACAAGAAAGGAACUUGUGUGAGCUAUGCGCAUCAGCGCACCAUGUAACAGCAGAUUGCCGCAGGCAACCGUGCUUUCACUGCCAAGGCCCACAUAACACAUCGUGCUGUUUUACGCCGCAGUAA